GCAUGAGAGAAAAUCCUGCGUUUUUAGUGUAUCUUCAUACUAAAAUACUGCUAACGUGCUUCGAUCGUAGUAUCUAAUUAUAUGUUUAUGCUUAGAACGAGAUAUAAAAAAAACCGAGACGUUUUUUGUCGAAGAAGCCGAAAUAUCUCGUUAGGCUAGCUCGUUGGAAGAUCUUUACUGACAUAUCCAUAAAGAAUUACCGUACCUUUACUGAUGGAUGACGAUACCAUAGCCUUCGGAGAAGAGGAUGAAGCUGUCCGUAGCGACAAACUCAAGCAUCCAUACGUUACCAUAUUCCAUCUGGUAUUUAGAAUAUCAGCUAUAGUAGUUUAUAUGAUGUGUCAAUUAUUUUCCAAUAGUUUUAUCGCUAGCUUUGUUGUUGUUGUACUUCUUUUGUCGAUGGAUUUUUGGACAGUUAAAAAUAUAACCGGAAGACUGAUGGUGGGACUUAGAUGGUGGAAUUACAUAGACGACAAUGGGAAGAGCAACUGGGUAUUUGAAUCUAAAAAGGGUCCCCAACAGAAUCGUAUUAAUGUGGCAGAGGCACGUAUCUUUUGGUUGGCAUUGAUACUCUGUCCACUUUUGUGGUCGGUAUUAUUUGUCACCGCCUUGUUUCGUUUAAAUUUUCAAUGGCUGUUACUCGUAUGUAUUGCUAUCAUUUUAAAUGGAGCCAAUCUAUACGGAUAUGUGAAAUGUAAAAUGGGAGGUGAUCGGUACAUUUCAACAGCUACCAGUGAUUUCUUUAGGAAACAAUUUAUACAAAAUGUUGCAUCGAUGAUGACGAGGAGUCCAGCAACAAACAAUCCAAAUCAACAAACUAAUGUAAUAUAAAAAAAAGUUCUUUUGUAAGUAUAAUGAUGUGUAUGAAAAUUAAUAAUAAUGCUGUAAAUGUGUACUGGGUGAAUGAUGAUAUGCUUGUACAUAAUAAUAUUAGUUAUAAAAGUAUAAGUACUCUGUAAUAAAAUUAUUAUUUGAAAACGUGCUCAAAAAAAAAAACAAGAUGUAAUUAUUUUAAAAAUUCCUUUUCUAAAUCAUGCAAAAGACAAUACUUUAUGACGUUAGUUACUAGUUUAUUGAUGCCACAAGGCAAUAUAUAAUGUACACGGUAUUUCUCCUUGUCAACAGACUCUUUCUAUUACACCAUAUUUAAUUUGUAUAGUAGUUUUUUAUUAGUAACAUUGCAUUUAUCGUAUUCACCUCAGCCUGCUGUAUUCUUUCUGGCGAGAAGGUAUCACAAAAUAAUUUCCCAUUCUUUCAACGAUAUUUAGUAUUUGACUUUCUGUCAUUCUAUUCUGUCAUUUUAAACUCACAUUCUUCCUUGGAUCUGAGACCAUAAUAUCAUUUGACCGAUUCAUCUAUAGAUAUAGAUGAACUUUGCAACUUGAUCUUAUACAUAUUACCAAACUCGUUACAUAUUGCAUGGAGCAGUACAUUGGUAAUCGAUCGAAUUUUAUUAACGUUCGUGAAGGUUGCUCCGAAGAUUACGAGUCAUAAGUGUUUUCAAGAAGAAGAAUACAACAAACCACAUAUUGCUAUACACAUUUUCGGUUAAAAAAAAAUAUAUAUAUAAUCAAGAUUAAUGGCAAAUACGGAUCUAAAUUACAACAUAUACUUAAAAAGAAUUUCGUCGAAAUUAUAUAAAAUAACUUAAAUAUCCCAUGUUAGAAUUAGUACGUUACAAAUACGUGAAUAUCGUGGACUUUGUGUUUGUAACUUUUGUGAGUACAGAUUAUUAAUGCUACCAACUUAUCGCUAGUAAUAUGUUUUUUUUUUACAACAAUUGAACUUCUUUUAACACAUUUUGCGCUUAGCCUGGAACUUUGAAACAUGAAGUCAUUGAGAAACUUGGCAAAAUACACUCGGGUAGUAUAAUUACAUGUCAUUUUAUAGAUUAAGAGGUGUCCCACAAAAGUGGCUCCACUUAUUUUAAAUGCACGUUUUUAUUUAUUUAUUUAUUUAUUUAUUUACUCAUUUAUUUAUUUAUUUAUUUAAUUAUUUAUUUAUUUGUCUGAUUUUGAAAUACUUCGAUUAGAACUUGACGGUGCAAGGAACACCAGAAGAGAACAAACUGUUUAUUAAGUCAGUAUGAAUAUGUUUCUAUC